CUCUCUCUCUCUCUCCAAGACCCACCUUACUUCUUCUCUCUCCUCUAUAUAACAGCCCCGCUAACCUUGCUUGGUUUUUUAUCCAUUCCCAGAAAAACACAUACUACAUAUAUUUUGUGCCACUUUGCGUGAUCGAAUUGAACUAGGUGACUCUUUUUCUUAGUUUUUGGGUCUCCAAGUUUGUUCUUAAUUAGAUUCUCUCGCUGCAAGGGGGUAGAUGAAGAUGGUGUGUUUGAUAUCUCGUUCCGGAAGGCAUUUGCAGAGAUACAACAAAGGUCGUCGCCUUGUUGUAGGAUGUAUUCCCUAUAGAUAUAAAAAUGGAAAUGGUGAUGCCAUAAAGGAUGAAUUAGAAGUCCUUGUGAUCAGUUCGCAAAAAGGCCAAGGAAUGAUGUUUCCUAAGGGAGGUUGGGAGCUUGAUGAAUCUGUCGAAGAAGCUGCUUCUCGGGAAUCGCUUGAAGAAGCCGGAGUUCUGGGCAACGUUGAGUGUCAAUUAGGUAUAUGGAGUUUCAAGAGCAAAAGCCUUGGAAUAUAUCAUGAAGGAUACAUGUUUCCUAUGCUUGUGACUGAACAACUUGAUCUAUGGCCAGAAAAAAAUGCCAGAAAAAGAUUAUGGAUGACAGUGGCUGAAGCUGGGGAAGUUUGUCAACAUUGGUGGAUGAAGGAAGCCUUAGACAUACUAGUUGAUCGCAUUAAAUCUUCGAGGCAUGAAGAAGAAGAUGUUUCACCUUAGAUUUCUAAGCUAGAGAAACAACACUCUUAAGUUUCGUUGUACAUAUGGCAUGGCUUAAAGCCAUAGGUUUGUCCAUGGAUCUCCACAAACCAGGUGAUCAAAGGACUAAUAAUGGAGGUGAAAUUUAUGUACAAUGCUGACAAGUUUGAAGAAAGUUUGAAAAAAUCAAAUUUUGAAGAUAGUUUUAAUCAGCUU